GAACGCGACGCGACCCACGCAGAACUCACCUCAGAGAGGAAACUGAAGAAACCCAAACAGGAGCGGAGAGUGGCGGCGGCGGCGAUGGCGGGCGGUGACCGGGAGAGGGACGUCGAGGAGGCGACGCGCAACCAGAUGAUGCAGAACCUGUUCGGCGACCAGUCUGAGGACGAAGAGGACGACGGCCCCAUCGAGGUCGCCGACGAGGACGACCAGGUGCCGCCACAUCAGAUGCAGCGCCAUCACCAAGUCCUGGACCAAGAGGAGGACGAGGAGGAAGAAGACGAAGGACGCAGCCACGGUCCUGCCCACGACGCAUACCACUCGGAAGAAGGGGAGGGUGAGGCAGAGAAUGGAGGGGAAGGAGAAGCGGAAGGAGAAGGUGAGAGUGAGGGGCAACUCGGAAUGGAAGAGGAAAGUGAAACAGAGGCCCAUCCUGCUGAUCUUGAUCAAGGAGAAAGUGAUCCGGAAAAGGUUCAGAGCUCACCAGAAAGAGAAAUGAGUGAUGGGGUGAUGCAAACUGACGCAAGAGGCAUGGAAAGUGAAGAAGAUGGCUAUGAGCAGCAGGCGGUUCCCAGUAGAAGAAGGGAAGUUGUUGCCUCUGAAUCUGAGGGGUCCGAAGAUAAUUACUAUGCUGGUCAAGCUCCUGAAGAUGAGGAAGCUCCUCAAAGGAAACUAAGCUCGCCAAUGGAGGAAGAGAGAGAUCAUGAAGUCGUCCGUGAUGUGUUUGGUGAUAGUGAUGAAGACGAACCUGCUCCUUAUCGGGCCCCGGAUGAAAUUGACGAAGAUUCUAAUCCUAUGGAGGAUGAAGGGCAAUAUGAGAAAGAAUUGCAGCCAGAUGAUGUCGUGGCUGAUGAUGAUAUGCGAUAUGAAUCAGAUGACAACCGUGAACCAAAAACAAAAGAGAAGCCAGUUGGUCCACCAUUGAACUUGGUUGUUCCACGUCAGCAGCCACCAGCUCGACCCGACAGAAUGAAUGUGAUAAAGGUAUCAAACAUAAUGGGGAUUGAUCCGAGGCCUUUUGAUCCCAAAACAUAUGUGGAAGAAGAUGUUUACGUUACAGAUGAAUCUGGGACCAAGAAAAAAAUACGACUGGAGGACAACAUUGUGCGGUGGAGAACUGUCAAGAAGGCUGAUGGCACUACAUCAGUUGAAAGUAAUGCACGCUUUGUCAAAUGGAAAGAUGGAACCAUGCAGCUGCUGAUUGGUAAUGAAGUUCUUGAUAUAUCCGUACAUGAAGCAAAUCAUGACCAGUCCCAUCUGUUUCUGAGGAGUGGGAAGGGAGUUCUACAAUCACAAGGAAGACUUCUGCAGAAAAUGAGAUUUAUGCCAUCUUCCUUGUCUUCAAAGUCACAUCGUUUAUUAACCGCUCUUGUUGAUUCUCAGAAUAAGAAAACUGUUAAGAUGCAAAAGUGGUAUGAUGCUAAGGAUCCUGAGAGAGUGAAGCAGGAAAAAGAAAAGGCGGAGGGCCAAAGUAUUAGAGCUCAUUCAAUUCUUCAACGCAAACGAGAAAAGGUCAAUCGCAAAUACACACAACCUGCCAGGCAAAGAAGACAGCUUUCUCCAGGGUUUUUGGAAGAUGCAUUAGAUGAGGAUGAGGAGACCGACAACCAGUACAGCUCUCGGCGAAUGGCAUCUCGUGGUCGUUUUGAGGAUGACUUGGAGGCUGAAGCACUAGCUGAAAGGCGUAUAAUUAAUGCGAAGAAGUCGAAUAUGAGCAGAGGUGUUCCUCGUAAACCAUCCUUCCCUCCUUCUCGCCCAGCGAGACGCCAGGAGUACUCUGAGAGCGAAAGGGAGGAGUCAGAGUAUGAAACUGAAGGCGAGGACAUUGAGCACUCUCCAACUGGUGGAAGGGGAGAUGAGCUGGAUGAGGAGGAUGAAUAUGAGGAAGACCCGGAAGAGGAUGCGCGUAUGUCAGAUGAAGGAAUCCAGGAACCAAAGCGGAAGAGAGAGUCAGCAGCAGGCGGGAGCCAAAGGCGCAGGGAGGUGGACUCGGGCGAGGAUUCCCCGCCGAGGAAACAACCUGCGAUGGUUCAUCGCCGGAAGGCCGUCGUUUUUGAAAGCGACGAUGAAGACGAGUGAAGGGAGAGAAAAUAGAAGCUCACAAACCUACAUUUGUCUCUGCUGCCAAAAGAGUGCUGUUGAAUACUAUUGGAUAGGCCAUGUGUGAGGGCCAGUUCUUUUCACCUCAUAAUUCUUCAGAAUUAUGAUUCUGGGAAACUGCCCACAGAAUCGUCUGGUAACAGAAUUGUCUGUCCAGUUCUUUUCUGUGAUUUUAGCAUGUAAUUGUUGUAUGAGUUGUC